UAUCUAAUAGUAAAUCAAAUGCUUGGGUGUUUUUUUUUUUUUUUUUUGCAGCAUAUCAGAUUUAUUUUUCACUAAUCCUGGAAUAUUAUGUAUUUGUGCGUGUGUGUGUGUGUGUCUGCUUUCGCCAAUCCAAAUAUGACGACAAUAUCACCGGAUAACAUUAUUGAAAUUGAAUUAUUUCAAAAUUUAUUUUUCCAAUCAAUUGAUAAAAAAUUUGUUGAAAAAUCAAUCAUUGCAUUGGUCACAUUGUUCGAAGAAAAUGACAAUUUUCUUAUCGCCACCAAUUUGGCUACAUAUGCUUAUGGUGAACGAAUUUGUUCGUAUUUAUCAUUCAAACAUGAUCCAAAUCAACCACAACGGAUAUCAUGCCUUGAUGAUAUGAAAAUUGCACAAAUAGAUUCGGGAAAAAAUUUCGUUGCCAUUCUGACCGAUGAUGGCCAAGUUUAUCUGGCAAGUGAUUCGAAUAAUUGGAAAAUUGAUAACGUGAUUAAUUGUGAUCGUUUUAAAAUGAUUCGUUGUGGACGCGAUCAUUUAUUAUUGUUACGACAAGAUGGAAUCAUUUUCGCUAUGGGUGAUAAUCAUUUUGGUCAAAUAACUGGCCAUUUUCCAUCAUCAUAUAGAACUAUGAUCAAUACUGGUAUUGAGAAUGUUGAACUUAUUGCUUGCGGUCAAUUUCAUAAUAUUGUUGUGACUAAUUCCGGUGAAAUUUAUUCUUGGGGUAGUAAUGAUUGUGGUCAAUUGGGUCUAGGUGAUAAUCGAGAUCGAAACAAGGCGGCUCUUGUCAAAUUUCCGGACUAUGAUGAUGAUGAUGAUUCGAUCGAUACAAAAAUCAAAAAUAUUGUGGCCGGCUCAAAUCAUUCAUUAUUCUUGCUUGAAAAUGGUCAGCUUUGGGGAUGUGGCUCUAAUAGUGUUGGUGAACUUGGUCUUGGUGAUAAAAAGAAUCAAUCAAAGUUGACAAAAAUACCAAUUGAGAAUGUACAAAAAAUUGCAUGUUCAAAAUUUCACAAUUUUUCAUUGGCACAUGAUGGAUCUUCAUAUUAUGCAUGGGGUAAAACCAUAAAUGGAGAUUGGUUAUCACCGAGAAAAUUGGACGGUCUACCGGCGUCAUUUGCAUCUGCAGCGGCCAUGAUUCUAUCAUCACCAAUAACAUUUGGCCUGACAUCAACAAUCUAUGUAUUUGAAUAUAAUGAUCCAUUAUUAGCCAUUCAAUCAAUUAGCCGAUUAUUCAAUAAUCCAGAUGAUUUCGAUGUUGAAUUUAUUAUUGGUGAACAAUGUAUACGUGCAUGGAAAUGUUAUCUGAAAAUGGCAUCAGUAUAUUUUUGUCGAAUGUUUUCUGGUGAUUGGGGUGAAAAUAACCGAGUAAUCAUCAAAGAUUAUAGUUAUGAUAUUUACUAUGCUUACCUACGUUGGUUACACGAUGGCUACAUUCGUAUCGAUCAGACUAAUAUCGAUGAAUUAUUCGAUAUAGCAAAUUGUUAUUGUGAUGAACGAUUGCAGAAACAAUGUAAAAAAUUCAUUGGCAUUGAUCUUAAUGAACAAACAUUAAUAGAUUAUUUGCCAUUAAUAAAACGAUAUGAAAUCGGUACCGGUGGUUUACAAAACAAAAUUAGCCAUCUUACAAUGGAAAAUGUAAUGCCAAAAAUUAUCGAUAAUCUACUAGCAGAUGAUAAUGAAAAUUGUAUGGAAAAAUUUUUGCAAUGGUUUUAUUUCGAACAAUCUUUUCUGGAAAAAUGAAUAAAUUUUGUGAAAUGCAAA